UACAUAUUCUAGUCAAUUGAGUCAACUUUAAACACCUAUUACUCCUGUACAGUAAAGUCAAAUGAUUGAACAUGAAACUUUGGAAUCUUUUAGUUUUAAUUGCAUUACGAUGUAAAGGAAUCAAACGUUGAGUAAUCCGAUAAUCAUGUAUUCACCGAAAUCUCCAACGUUCCUACAUCUUCCGUUGCCAAUUCCUAACCGUCUCUUCGUUAACAAAAAUUUUUCACUAAGUCCUUUAUCUCCCAUUCGUAAGAUUUCACAGACCAAGCUUGUUCAGCCACUGGACUUUGAGAAGUACAUCUUGGAGAAUCAGCCUUUGGCGGAGAAUGAUCCUGAGACUAAAUUACUGGAAUUCCCUGAUGAUGAUAUAGAAGUAACAACAAUACAUAGACAGCAUCGUACUGUUCAUCCAUAUAUUCCUAAGGAUCCUGGGUAUGUCAAAAUCUAUUUUCCUUAUACGGUAAACCUAUGUGUGAGUUAACAUUUCGUUGGUAAUGAAAUCCUUAAAAUCUUAGGUUUCUUUUUACUGAGUCGUACAUAUUCUAAAUAAUUUCGGAAUUUCAUGCACUAUGUCUGCAAAUUGUAUAAAAUUUUAUAUUCCUAAGAAAUAAAUUGACUAUUAGCUAUAUACAGGACUUACUUCGUGUUGGAACACACAAACAUAUACUGCAUGCCAUAUUGAAAGGAGGAGGACCAGUAUGCUUUUGCAAACAAUGUAAUUAGUUUAUGCUUUUGUUUGAUUAGAAUUAAUAGUAGGUCAGGCUCGUAAUAGAUUACUGUAUUGCAAAACUACUCAAAACUCGCACGAAUAACCAGAUCUGCAUUUGUAAUUUUCCCUCUCUCAUCAGGUCAAACAUUCAAUGCAAAAGUGACCAUGUCUUUUCCUUUCUCAAAUCAAACCUUCUUCACCUUUAGAGGUUGUAAUAAAUUACUGCCAGUAUGUUUUAGUAAAAACUCCAACAAGUCAGUCUCUUGUUGUAAAUUCGUACAAUUACAUUUUCUAGAGCUGAUACAGACCCUCUUGUUGUGGACUGUGUGAAGUUAUACACUUCCGACUGGCAUGUUGUCAACAGAAGGUAACUAUGAGUACUCAAAGUCCCAUUUUUAAAGUGCCCAUAUGCAUAUCACUUGUGGGACCUUUAUGGAUUUGAAAACCGCGUAAAAAGUUAGCUAAUAAGUUCAAAAGAUUUUUUUGAUUUAGUGCAAUAGUUUAGAGGAUAUAGGCAUUUAAACAACGGGCUGUUCCUGAGUCCCAGCCUCCUGGGGUCUAAACACGGCUAUUGAAUUUGGCCUUUUUCGAAACUGUCCAUUGUGUAUAGGAGCCUGGGACUCAGGAACUGUAGGUAAUAUAAAUGGCUGUAUCUUCGAAAUUAUUGCACUAAAUCAAAAAAAUCUUUUGGACUUAUUACCUAACUUUUACUUAUUAACUAACUUUUUACGCUCUUUUCAAAUCCAUAACGGUCCCAUAAGUGAUAUUGGCACUUUAAGCCAUGUUCUUCAAAUCUCACCACAUUUGAACAGGAUUUGAAGCAGGGAUAGAUUUACUGGGGGGGGGGGGGGCCUUUCCAAAGACCAAAAGGGGUGCCAAUAAAAAUAUAGAGACAAAAUGAGAUCUCUAUCUUUCACAUGAUAGUGAAAUUGUCAUACAAGACUACAGAAUAGUGCCUCGCUGCCGUAGCUCCUCUUCUAAUUACGCACUUGGCCAAUAGGUGCACCUUGAGGCUUGAACUACAUGUAUGACCGAACUCCACCUGACCAAACUCGAUGCGCACCCCUUCUCCCCCAUUCCAAAUCUCACUGGAUUCAUCCCUGAUUUCAAGUUUUGCUGAACCAGUUUAAUAUCUACUGUAUUAUAUUUUGUUCAUUGUACCACCGGAAUAUACUAUUUUCAAAUUGAGAAGGAAAAAUUAUUGACUGCCCAAAUUAUGUUGUAUCUGAUCUUCCAUAUUAAUUCAUCCUUGAACAGUGAUGCUAAUCUCUCAACUUCCCAGCGUUAUGUAGCUUGAGCACUGCCACAGUGUUGGGCUAUAAACCAGUGAACUUUGUUUCCAGCUUUCAUUUUACUUUAACACCGCAGUGUGCAACGAAAAAUUCGUUGUGUCGAGCAGGGUUCGAACUCGCAUCUCCGGGUUUCUAGACCGUCGCUCUACCCAUUGAGGUGUCGAGUCAAAGGGAAUUGGUAGCGAGUCUUGUCCAAUUUAAGUGCACGAGAUAUUUUUUCACGCUUGUUUUGAACCUAGAAUUCUAAAAAUCCGAAGGUGCGAGUUCAAAUCCCACUCGAGACAACGGAUUUUUCGCUGUACUCUGCAAUAUCCGAAUAAUAUGAAGAAAGACGCCUGCUCAGGCGUUCACUUCGGCUACGUAGCAACACCUGACAGGCAUGGAAUGGAUUUUUGGCGAACUGGAUCUUUACGCUACCCGGAGCCUUGCAGAUUGCCGUGAAAUGGUGCGUGUGCACACAUCGAGUCGCCAUCACUGCAUUCUGGGAGUAAAGUCAAUUACUCGACGAAAACAAAUGAUAAUACAAAAAAAAAGCACACACAAAAGGAGGAAACCUAUGCUUCGUCAACGUACUACUAGCCAAAGUAACUAGUUUUUCAUAUCUGAAAUAAAUUUGUUUGCAGGUAUCAAUUUCGCAGUAAAGAGGAAGGCAAACCUGACUCGAGAAGAAGAACAGAAAAAACUGGAAGUUUUCUUGAAGAACUGCCUAAACAUAAUUACGAGAUCGACGAGGAAAAGGCGCGAAAAGAAAAUGACACGGUAAGGUUGAUUUUAUAAUUUGUAAACUACUUUUACCUGCCCAAUGUAGACGAUAUUCAGGGCUUAACAAUAGGCGUACAGACGUACGAUUGUAAGCUGAAAUUAGCUUGGCAUACGCCAAGAAUUUCAGACAAGUACGAUUGCGUAGGCUUCCUACAGCAGAGCUAGUGCUGUGCAAUCUCCGGCUCCGACUCCGGCCGAAUUAUAGCUCUGAGCUCCGGCCACAUCAUAAAAUAUAUUAAAUGUUUUACGAUCAGAGAACAUUUAUUAAUAUUAUUAUGAAUAACCCUUUUCGCGCUUCCUAAGGCCAAAAAAAUAUGUGGGUUUCCGGUUUCCCGACCCUACCUAGCUUUUGGACGUCGAAAUCCCGACCCUAAACUUUUUUAUUGGAUCAUGCUUGUAAGUGUUUCCACUUAGAGGAAAAAGUUUGUGGAAAAUUGAAAUUUGAGGCAAUAUUAGGGAAAUUUAUCUUUGGAUGUGGAAGCACUGACUAAACAAAAUGGCGUCCGCUUGUUCGGAAAAUUAAAAAAGAAGUUUAAAAAAAAAAGUUAAAACCGACCUACCCUACGUAAGUUUUUAUAAGAAGAAACCGGAAACCCACAUAUUUUUUUUUUGGCCUAAUUAUCAGAUAACAUAACUCAGGAAACAAAACAGUGAAAACACUUAACCACGCAGAAAAUAUCUAUAUGGAAACCAAGGGUGGGUAGUAGCGAAGUUGUUGUAAUUCGCUACUGUAGCGAACUACAAUUUUCAAGUAGCCAGUAGUUUUUGACUACUUUUUUAAAACAGUAGCUGUAGUUAUAGCGAACUACAUUUUGCCUAAAAGUAGCCGAGUAGUUGACUACUUUUCAAACAGCGAAUCGCUCUUCGCUACUUUUUAAAAUUGUUAGCAACUUGAUAGAAUAUAGCCCGCGUGCAGGCCCAAGGGAACUGAUAGUGGGCCUGCAAGCAAGGCCCGGUAUUUUGUAAAACGCCCCUUCUCAUAACACGCCCCAUUCGCGCGUCAAUUGUCAGAAAAGAACCAAUGACAGCACCCAAAUAUUAACAAACAAACUCGCAUUAAAAUGUGCGGGGUUUUCUCUGCUUAUUCAGAACAUAAACAAUGUGUAAGUGGCUGCGUUUUAACUCCAAAAAAGCAAGCAACGCAGUCAAUAAUUGCCAAAUUUGCAAGUGCUCAUUUUCAACUAAAAUCGGAACAGGCAAAUUAGGACGAAUUUCAACAGAAAACCAGUCUCAAACUUCAAAUCGUGAGGGAAGUCGUGCGACCACAUUAGCAUUUAUAUUAUAUUAUUGCCAUUGUUAUAAAUAAAUUGUCUCACUUAUCAGAUCAUGUGUGCAAUUCUUGUUGCGGCGGAAAGUACGAAAUUUAUUUCAGUUAUUUCAUUUGGUAAAGAACUCUACAAAAGAAGAGAGCGUUUAGAGUCCGGAUCGUUUCGUUUCAAACGGCAAUUUAAUACCGUCUUCUGUUUCGCUCUCUCAGCGAAGCCUUGUAAAUCGCAAAGUGUUUCGAAUAGGCUUACAUGCAACUGCAUCUCAACAUCAACCAAAAGAUAAUUUUCUUGAGGAACAUAUAACGUAUCAAGUCUGUUUGAAAUUAAUGAAACUCAAGUAAAGGUUACUAUAGUUUACCCCAGUCGUAAUGAGUGCUAUUCCAACACCUCACGACAAGCAAUCCCCAUUGGCAUAACGGCAAAAACAUCUCUUCCUUCAAGUAAACAAUAAACAGUCUGUUCUUGUUCCAUUUAUAAUCGAAAAAAGUGAUCAAUUUUCGAAUUUUAAGCUUAUUGAGAGCCUUUGUGAUGAAUCACUUAUCUAAUUAUAGAAUCUAACAGCAAACAGCCAAUCAGAAUGCCGCGUUCGUGGGCGAACGCGGAAAGUACAAAAUACCGGGCCUUGCUUGCAGGCCCACUAUCAAGUUCCCUUGAGCCUGCUCCCUUGGGCCUGCACGCGGGCUAGAUAGAAUAGAAUGAUAUUGAGACACGGUUUGCUUAAAAUCAAUACUCAAUUUUCACUCUUGAACACUGUAGUGCUUACAAAAAUGUUGCUUUGUGUUUACUGUGGCUACUCGUAAGUCGAUUUGUUAUAGUUUACAUAUCAGCCUGAGUUAGUAGAUGCUCCAAAUACAGUAAAACUAAACAAUAUUGCGUAGUGAAAUAGUCGCUACAUUUUUAAAGCAGUAGCUGUAGUCAGUAACGAACCACCCUUGUUCAAAAGUAGCAGCAGUAGUUGUAGCUGACUACAUAUUUUUGAAGUAGCGGUAGUUAUAGCGAACUACAAAAAUUUUGUAGUCAACCCACCCUUGAUGGAAACCAGCCUCGAAAAAUCUUUCACAGUGUUGCAAUUUUUAUAUAGCAUGACGCGAGGCAUGACGCUAACACUCUCAGACUCCGCAGCGCAAUUGUUCGCACGCAAACAAAGUACUCUGUCAUUUUGAAAAGGUUGAUAUUUAUUUGUUUUGUACUUUUUCGUUAUCUACAAGGCUCAUACACAGACUAUAUGUAGCACUAAGUCAGAUGGCUUCCUGAAAGCAUGAUGUUUAACAGCAAUUGGGAGUUUGCAGUAACUAACAAUCGUUUGACAUUUGUCUCAUUUCAAUUGAUUCUUGUCAUUUUGCCGGAGUUGGGAAAAUGUAACUCCGGCUCCGGCAUACAAAAUUCUGCUCCGGCUCCGGCGUCGGAAAAACCACCGGAGGUCCGGCAGAACUCCGGCUCUAGCAACUCCGGCGCACAGCACUAAGCAGAGCUCAACCGUUACUCCUUUGUGUUUGCCUUAAAAUCCUUCAGGCAAUGAAAAAACGUUCGCCUCUAACCCUGAUCCUAAAAUAUCCAUAUAUUUAUAACAAUCAAACAUGAAACAUUGAUCCAGAAACAUCGAGUUCACUGCUCGAAUCCCGGACCGCCAUCUUUGUUACAUACGUCGUUUAAAUCCAGCAUUUCGAACGCAUUCCUAUAUGGGAAUUUUAUACAAGAACUAUAUACAAAAUCGUACGUCAACAUUGACUAAAUGUAUACGUCAACUGAUUUAUUUUUUAAGCCUUGCGAUAUUUAUCCCUCAUUCCGUAAUCGGAGAUGGGCGAAAGAAAGUCAAUUUAAAGAGAAAGUAAUUUUAUUGGAAUAUAUUGAUAAGGGCAUCUUGGUUUGUUAUCUUGCUAAUUCUGAAUAUCUUCUUUCAUUACAGCCUGAUUCUGGUGAAAAUGGAAAGGCGUCACCGGCAGAUGACCUACCAAAGGGGACACUCGCUGCCAGGUGGGCUAAGUGCUCUGUUUCUUUAAUUGCCAGCUGAUGUUACGAUUAUACUGUACUUGCUGACUUAUUUCAAUAAGAAAUUAUCUCGCCUUCCAUCAAGUCUGGCAAAGCCGGAUCAUAAUCUUAUAGCAAUCAAAGUCGCGAUUAAAUUUAUACAAUAAACAAAAAAAGUACUAUUGCGUGUGCCAGGAUAUGUGGGACUAGACUGAAGGCUACCAAUGCGAAACUAGAAUUACAUUAAUUAGCACAUUUACUCUCUUUUAUCGUUACAUGAAGUUCCAGAUGAUAAGUUAUCCAUUGUACAUUUUGACAAGUAUACACGGCAAAAAACGCCGAGCCUGCUGCUCAACAGGAUUGAACAAUGUUUUGCUGCCCACGUUGUUCACACUUGUCAACAAUAUUGAACAAUAUUGUUGAGCCUGAAUCGGGUGUAACAAUAUUGUUCAAUGUUGUUGACAACUAUGAACAAUAUGGGCAGCAAAGCAUUGUUCAAACCUGUUUUCAUCAGUAUUGCAACAACCUGAUCGUUUUUUGCCGUGUAAUAAGGAUGAAUUGAACCUAUUGUACAUGCAGUAGCAAUUUCUUUUGUCUCAGGGCUUAUUCAUAUGAGCCCGGUUUGACUGGGCUAUUACUGUAGGUGAGGUAUUGGGUGGGAUAAAAAUAUGUGUGACUGUGACUUACGCGAUGAUUCCCGAUUUACCUUUUGCCUCUUGAAGGGUUCCGCUAUAAGUCACGAUUCAGAUUCAGAGUGCUAUAAUUCGCGUACUUACAUACCGCAGGUACGCCAGUAUUACGGUCUGGUACUUCUUUGUUUUCAGCCACGUACCACGUAGGUGCGAGGAAAUCUUGCUAUCGUACUUACGUUUUGCUGGAACCACAUGACCUUUCCAAGCCCAAGGUAUUCAAUACCGUAAUUUAGUUGGUAUGUCAUGUGUCUGAGAUGUCUUGGCAUGAAACAUGAUUGGGCUGAUAUGGCACUAAGAAACGUUGGAGUCGAUUGUUUGUAUAUGCAAUUGUGCUUCUUUUUCUAUAGCUCGUAGUCUGAACAUACUUUUCAGAAACCUGUACUUUAUGAACCUUAUUUUAAAGGCUAAGUACACAUUGAGUGCUGAGUUUGUAUAGGGCGCUGUGGUUUCUACUAGCGCAAGUACGCGGCAACAACCAUUGGCGUACCAGUCAGGUACGACUAAAAAUCCUGAAUUAUCGCACCCUUAAGAUUACGGAAAACCUCGUCUACACGGUUCAGUUCAAAUAUUUUUGUUUCAGCAUUGUUGAUCUGCAGACGUGCACUCCUGACGAACUACUUCCAGCAGUUUUAGAUCAAAUUCCCAUUGAUGAAGUGGAUGGCGCCAACUCUGACUACAGACAAUUUGAAAGAAUUGGUUCACUCUUUUCCGUGUCUCUUGAUGAAACGGUACUGUUUGUCAACACAUUUCUCCGUGUUUAGAAAUUAGGUUCAUUAUAAUUAAGGCAUUAUACUGUAGUUUGCAUGUCAGCUAGUUGCAGGGAUGGAAUUAUUCUUCCAACUAUUCUUGCAACCCUGGCCAAUUGUUUGGAUUUGUUUGAAUUUGAGUCUUUCAUUUCCGCAGAAAUUAUUAAUGCACAUGCGCAAUUAUAUUUAGGAUGACGGCACAGAACGAAGAAUACCACCAUCUAUUCCCCAACAACAUUCUGGACAGAGAGUUCUUGUGAAAUGUUUAGCUUUAAAGUAAGUUGUAUACAGUAUUAUUGCCCUGUGCAUGCUUGUUCAUAUAUAGCUCCAAGGCAUUUGUAAAUUCUUGGUGUUAAAUAUUCUCCGAAAUCAGCCAUCCCUUGGUAGGGCUUCUGUGUUGCAGUCGUCAGGUCAAGUGCCUUUCACCUCUGAGACGGGUUCGAUUCUCACUACGGUCUCGUGUGAAUUUAAAAGAGUCUGUCAACGCUCUGCCGAGAGUCGUGGGUUUUCUCCGGACGCUCCAGUUUCCUCCCACAGGGAAAGUUGACAGGGUGCAGGGUUAGGAUAAACAUACUGUAGUUGGGAAAGUAAUAUCACAAUUGUUGUAAAGAUUAGUAGUCUAGACUCAGUAUAGGUAAUAUAAGUAAGCGUAUACUAGAUGUGAUCGGUCACUGAAAAGCCCCGAUGGUGAGUGAGCUGAGUAUUGUAUGUAAUUCCUGGAACAAAGGUUUCUUCCGCAUUCCCAUUUUUUCGCUCUCUAUAUCGCCUGGGAAUCUUAUGAUAAAUAUGAGAGCCCAACAUAUAACUUUUAACAAAGCCAUUAAAACGGUUAAGAUUUUAAAGAAUUUUUAUUGUAACGUUUCGUCUUUAACUUAAGACAUCUUCAGACUAGAUAAAAUUACGAUGAGAUAUGAAUAUAUAUAAGCUAAUUAUAAUCUAUUUACAAGGUGUUUGUUACUAAGCCUAAGGAUAAUAAAGGAUAAGAGGGUGUAUGUAUGAUAGGACGAUACAAAUGAGGAAACAAAACAGACACAAGACAACGGCAAAUUAAGAAGGUUAAGCGGAAUAGAGCUGCCCUGGACGUUAAGAGAGGGUUUGAGCUUAGAUAUAAGAAGGCUUUCGUGAAUCAAUAAUUCACAAGUGUCUGAGCAAGAGGAAAGAAUUUUGAAGUCGUCAAAGUUGGCAGAGUGACCUGUAGUAUUUAAGUGAGAAAAAAUACUAGAUAUGACUGGACUGGAUGCCUGGGAAUCUAAUAUCCCAUCGGAGAUUACCAUCGUCAGCUUUACAAUAGUGAGUUGGGAAACACAACGGCAACGUCAGUUAAGACGUGCUCAUCAACAAUACUGAUUUUACUCUAAGACAAAGGCGCCGAGUAUGAAUUGUAUUCCUUUAUGCAUUCCUAUACGCCGUUCUUAUUCAAACUACUAUAUACAAUGAAAUACGAGUGUGAGUAAUUUUACCUUGAAUUUUAGAUUGGAAUUAGACAUCGAACCAUUCUUUGCAAGCAUGGCGUUGUAUGAUGGCCGAGUAAAAAAGAAGGUAAGACAACUUAAGACUGAUCUGCAAUAUAUAAAAUCUUGCCUGGAUGCUUCUUUCAAAGACUUCGAUUGAUCUGCAUGUGUGUCAAACAAAACAUGCAUAGGAUAACUUGAGACAUAGACCAGAAGCCUGGCAGAUAAACGUGAAUGGUCAUGCUUGCAAUAGAGAUGGUGUUGACUGCCUCCCACAAGGGUAUCUGAUGACGUCACCUCUCGUAAAUGUCAGGAUGUUUUAAUUCGCUGACUCACAUACGGCAGAUUCGCCGAUAUUACGGUCUGGUACAUCCUUGUGUUCAGCCAAAUACCAUGCUUGUAGGGACACGGGAAGGGCACUAUCUGCGUAUUCCAAUUUUGCUUCACCAUAUACAGUUAGUAUGACCUUUACAAGGUGUUCAAAACCACAGUUAACUUAGCUUUAUGUGUGAAUCUAGCAUAUUUUGAAUGGAAGAUGAUUGGACUGACUAGACAAGAUAUAGCACUAAAAAAUUUGUAUUUGAGUUAAUUGUAUGUGUGUGUUCUGCGGAACUCGCAAACAACCCUACAAACGAUAAAUUUUAAAAUCUGCAAUAUUACAACAUUUAAUAUCUCCAAAAAGGCGCAACAAAAUAUUUUCCGUUUUAAAACAACGCUGAAAAACAGACCAAACAUGUUUUACCGGUAUACAGUAACUUCACUCUUUCCGAACAGUUCCUAUUGAUUUCACGCGUGUGACGAGUCGCAAGCGUGAUGUCUCCCGAAUUGUGUGUUGUAUAUACUGUAUGCAUGCACUUGGGCUCCAUCAUCUUCUAACUUGUAGUUUCAGGUUACCGAAUUAAUUAAUAUCUUUUAGAAAGCAAUGUGUUUGUAGCUUAUCUUAGAGGCUAUGAGGAUAUAUACCUUGGGUCUGCAUAAGCUUGUACCAGCUCAAGUAUAUAUAAUAGAGUACCAGUGAAGUGCAGCUAAAAGUCGCAUCCUGAAUAAAUGUUGUUUCCUCGCGAAAAUAUAUCUCGCUAAUCAAAUGUUUUAGCACGCAAAACUAUAUUUAAUACAUUAAGUUUUUUUGCCUCUUUUUUUCAGAUUUCUGAAAACUUUUACUUCGAUAUGAACACUGAUGAACACAAGAAAUUGGUGGGAAAAUACAACCCUAAAGUUGACAUAACGACACUCAGUCGUGCAGCAAUCUUCUCCAUUACAUAUCCAUCAAGUGAUGUUUUCUUAGUUUUAAAGCUUGAAAAAGUCUUUCAGCAAGGUGAUAUUUCCGAAGCAGCUGAACCAUAUAUCAGAGAAACUGACCUGUCGAAGGUAUGAGAGUUUAUUAUAAAAUUAAUAUAAAUGACCAUUAUGGUUCGCAGGGGUACUUUCCGUAUGUAAUAAAGUAUGCUAGGUAUAUUCGUCCGGUAAAACGCCAUCACAUUAAAUCAUUAAUUACGUUACAAAAUCACUUUCGUACAGCAAGACUGUAAUUAAUUACCGAAAAAUUACUCAAAAAGUAAUGGCAUGGGUUGUGGUAUAAUUUGGAAAAUCAGACACUCCUGAGUUUUUCAUUGUGCAAUUUAUUACAUUACAUCACAUUACAUUAUUAUCCAGCUAACUCCCCAUUGGGGCAGUGACCGAUUACAUCAACUUACAGUACUUUCAGUAUAUUACUGACUAUUUAUCUUUGCAACAAUUGUGAUAUUACUUUCCAAACUAUGUUUAUCCCAGGGCGCUUUUUUUUUAAACUUUUUUUUUAAUUUUUCCGAACAAGCGAACGCCAUUUUGUUUAGUCAGUGCUUCCACAUCCAAAGAUAAAUUUCCCUAAUAUUGCCUCAAAUUUCAAUUUUCCACAAACUUUUUCCUCUAAGUGGAAACACUUACAACCAUGAUCCAAUAAAAAAGUUUAGGGUCGGGAUUUCGACGUCCAAAAGCUAGGUAGGGUCGGGAAACCGGAAACCUACAUAUUUUUUUUUUGCCUAAAUGGAUAGGACUCUCGCUGACGUAAGCAAAAACAACCUAGUUGCAAUCUGUGACGUCACGCGUAUUGCAAAGUUCUCUGCAUUUUUGUUGUUUCGCUAUAUUUUCCGCCUUAAAAGAGCAAUAUUGAAGCAUAAACCGGUCUAAUUGUUUUAAAAACAUGCCUAAGCCACGACAAAGUAUUCAAGGUAAAUGUUUUUCGUCUUUGUUUUGUAUUUUUUUUACAUUUGUAGCUACGAAAUUGGCGUCCCCAAUUUUAACGAAAUUUGGGAUGCCUUUUUCACUGUUUAGUGCUUGAUAUAUUUGCUAAAAUUGACUGGGAAUACUUAGAGAUUUCAUCGUAGAAUGGCGUAGUUAUAUUCAUUUGCUCUUUGACUAAAAUGUUUAGCUGUAUUAUUGCUAAACAUGCCGUUUUUGAGAAUUUGGUUUGCAACUAGGUUUCAACAUCCAAUCACGCCAUCAGCCCAUUGAAAACAUUAGGUCACAUCAGCUAGUUUCCUAUCCAUUUAUUUUAUUAUCCAUGCUCAGACAAUUGUGCCACCGAAUUUAUCUAAAAUGCACUAGAAACUAUGCACAUGCACUAUUACCAAUAUACAUUAUGAAUUAGAAGUGCAUUUUCACUAUAUGCCGUUCAACCCAAGGUGUUCUCUCUUUAUGAGCUCAACAAACUGUAUUUAUAGUGUUACAUUUUCACCACUUAUUAUACUAUAGAACAAAGAUAAGCUAACUCAAGCAGCAGGAAUGAACUGUGAUCGACUUGGUAAAUACAGAAUGCCGUUUGCUUGGACAGCGAUACAUUUGAUUGAUAUAAUCAAUGGUGUGGCUCACAAUGAUGUUGGCACAGCAACGUCAACAGAGAAAGAUACUGCAGUAUCGACAGGUUCUCAACGAAAGGUGCGUAUAAGACUCCAUGUUACGUUUAAACGAUUUUAUACCAUUUACAAAGACAUUAGCCGACAGUAUGCAAUAAUGUACGUAAUAGUAUUGUUUCGAACUUUCGAUUGCAAUGUGUGAACAACAUGCUCGGCUUUAAAGUAGACAACAACUAGAGGUGGCAUUGUCUCGGUUAGUUUAGCCCGCAUCAUGAUGUGAACGCGGAAACAACAUUAUUUGAUAUAUGGGCACUGAAGAAAUCAAAAAAGCUAAAGUACUGUAUAAUACUCACAAACACUGGGACUUAACUAAUUGGUGAUAUAAAACUGAAGAAAGAAGAUUGUUUCGAGAAGGACCUUAGGCAAUGUGGAUCAAAACAAUUUUUGGCGUACCCUUUGGCCGCUUUUGUCGUUUCUUGGUACUGAUUUAUCAGAAUAGCUAAAGCAGAAAUAUCCGCCAUAUUUGUUUCUACAGGGGUAAAAGAACGAGAUCGCCCCAGACAGCCCCGGCUGUUUAACAGUAUUUACUCGUGUACAACCCUUUCUACACCACUAUUAAGUGCGAACACUCUUGGAGAAGAGAGAAAACUAACUUGAUCGAUCUACAUGCAACCGAACAAAGUGUGAACGGGCCCGUAAUAAAAAGUGUUGUAAUUGACCUUUACUGUAGUUCGGCACUUCGGCCACCUUGAUUGUGCUACAGUAGUCACAAUAUAAUUACGAUUGCGUUCUUUUUUCAACAGAACAGUCCUCCAGAAUCGCCUGCCACGCCAACGUACUUGAAGAAAGAGAAAGUUGAUUCCUUACCUCGGAGAGCAAACUCGAUUAGUAGUCAACGUCGUUCAAUGUAUGGUGACCUUGAUGAUAGCUCACCGGAUUUAUCCAGUUUCAGACCUGUCACUCUGACAGUGAAGAGCUUUUUUAAACAGGUUAGUGUAUUAUCGCAAUGACCUGGGCCCGGUUGUAUAAAGAGGUAGUUAAAGUUCAGUGCAGUACAGUUAGUGCGAAAAAAUAACCAAUCAGAAUCGCGUAUGUGAGAGUUAAAUACCAUUUGACUACAAAACGGGUAGUUAAAAAGUAUUAGAAUGUUAGGGUUUGUAAUCCAAGUGAGAAUAUAUACAUUCUCACUUGGAUUACAAACCCUAACAUUCUAAUAUUAAUUCCACCAAGUGAAGUGCAAGAAUCCAUAACUGAAGUCCACCUUAGUUAAAAAGUAGCCUUUUAUACAACCGGCCCCCGGUUUAUAGAGAGUUUCGCAAUUCGCAAUUUAACAUUGGUGAUCUCAGGGCAGUUCCAUGUAACGGAAUUUGUGCGCACAUUGGUUUAAAUGGCGAGAUAAUAGGGCCAUUUAGACGGCACAAAAUAAGUCGCGACUUAAAUAAGACGCGAGUUUGUCGUAUAAAAGGUACCAAUUGAAAUUCUUAUGUAAGUCGCGUCUUGGAUAAGACGCGACUUAAAUAAGAACAGGAUUUUUAGCUGUUCUUAUUAUCUUAUUCUAUAUAUCUAACUACACAUGCCCGAAACUUGAAACAACGUAAAGUUACUAGCCUUGCAUAUUAAAACAAAAACAACCAAAACAACAUUAUAGCUAUAGCAAGUAAAUAAGACUAAAGCCGUAGAGAACCAUGCAUUUAUACGAUAACCCCGCUUAUAUAAGACGCGUCUUAUGUAAGUCGCGACUUAUUUUGUCCCGUAUAAAUGGCCCUAAUAUUCUAAUUUUUUGAGAUGCACCUGUAUAUAGGCCCUCUCGCAGGAAUCGAACAUGGGACCCUGCGAUUCCGGUGCAGCGCUCUGAGCUACAGAAUCCAGUUGCCGAGUCCCAGGGCCGCAAAUCCGAAUCCUUCAACAUUUAGUUCCGUGAAGGGAGAUGCUCAAAAUCCUGCAUGAUAUUUUCACCCAUUAACCGUGCACUGCUAUCACCUUAAUAUAUAUAGGUAUGAACUUGUGGUUAAUGGUUGGCAACUGGACUCUGCGGCUCAGUUGGUUAGAGCGCUGCACCGGAAUCGGCCCUCCAUAUAUAGUUCCAUUUUUCGUAGCUGCUUAGGUCUAAUAUAUGUAUACAUUUACAAUGGAUUUUUUCAUCUACAAAAAGCCUUCAACAUGAUAUAUUUUAUACUAUCGUUUGUGGUGUUACUCUGAGUGUGCAUCCACACUGGGCAAGCUGAAAAGUUUGCCUGACCACGGUGGGAAUCGAACCCGCGAUCUUAGAAUACAUUGAUAUCGAAGAAAUUAGACUCAGUUCCGAAAUAUCACCAAUUCGAACCGACUUGGCCUCGUAGCUCAGGACUAGCAUCCCAAAGGUCGCGGGUUCGAUUCCCACCGUGGUCAGGCAAACUUUUCAGCUUGCCCGGUGUGGAUGCAGAAUAACACUACAAACACCAUAUUCAGUUUAUUCACCUGAGUACAUAACACCAACACACACAAAAAAUUACCUGAACAAAUUUAAAACACCGAAGGCGUUUCAAGAGGUCCGUAGCGUGGAAGGAAAGUACUGUGUUUGUAGUGCUACAAAUACAAUUGAUCAACCACAAUCAAAUUAUAGUUUUGUGAUAUUUUUUCUGCAGGAAUCGGACAAAUUAAAGGAUGAUGAUCUCUUCAAAUUCUUGGCAGAUUUACGACGUCCUACUUCGUUGCUCAAACGGCUGAAAUGUAUCCCAGGUAAGGAUAGCUAAAUUUUAGCCCAUCUAUUUAUACAUCGCAGAAAAUUUCCGUUUCAUUUCUUUAGGCUAUAGAAAAAUUCUAGAGUUAGACUAAAGUUAAAUAAAUGUGCCUGCAUCAUAUUUCUACAACAUGCUGUCUGUAUUGUAGGGGUUUUAAAGCUGGACAUUUCUCCCCCUGGCGAUAAACCGCCAUAUUGUUUAACAUCAGAACUUCAACAGGUAAUUUAUAUUCGUUAUUUCAAAGUGAACUCUAUAAAGACUGGAACGACAACCGCUGGCGUUUUGAAGCCAAGAUGGCGGAUAUUAAAAGCCGUCUUGUAGGUGUGCGCAGGGCCCUGUAAAAAGCGGGCGGCGAAACGGAGAUAGCGCCCCUGUUCUAUGUAUGAUGCAUGGACCCCCGUAUACAUUAAAAACAAAAAUUUUCAAAACAAAUUUGGCGGGCGAAUCGGAGGUGUCUUUUCCGUGUUCGGACACCCCAGAUGAUGUUUUAUGUGGCAUAAAUGACGUAGAGCAAGAUGAAAACGAAGCAGCAGAAGAUAUCUCAGAGUUACUCAAAAGUUUAAAUUAGAUAAGUUCGAAAAAAGGUUGUGAGAGCUCGCGCAAAGUCCUUGAAAGAGUCGCUCUCAGUAUUUAUGGCCAAGAUAUUGCACUGAAAGUUAAACAAACAAUUGCAGAUUAGAUUUGAGAGAUUGCUGUCGUUUGAGGCUAAAGCUUGGUUUUCGAGUUUUUAUAUAUUUAUCACUUUUCUUAUAGAUUCAUCCUUAUCAAGAUGGACAAGUGCGACCGUUCAAAGAAGUUGAAGAAUUCGUUCCCAAAGAAGUAUUUGCACCAUACGUUGCAUACAAGUAAGUAUUAAAUGUUUA